ACUUCAAAUAUGCAGGCAUCAGGGUUGGGAUCAAACCCACGAUAUCCUCUAUCACAGGCGAGGUAGUUAACAUCGAGCCACCGGGGUGCCCCUGGUCCACGCAUUCUUACCUCCAAACUGAGACUCUUGUGCCCCGCACCCCCACACCCCCCUCUUGUGUGUGCAGACCCUGACAAGCGGACAGCGACCAAGCCUGCGGCCCCACGACACAGGUCCCGGAGCCCCCUGAGAGUGCGAUGCUCCGUGGAUGAGGAGUCGAUUGGGUCCCGCAUGUGCACUGUCAGCAUUGGUGGUGGGGAGCAAGGAAGAGGUGGACCACGCCGACAACGUUCCCCACGUUCCCCACUCUGCCGCUCCCAUCCGGUGGAUGAGAACCACGAUGGGCCGAGUUCCAAGCGGCCAUCAGUGUGGAGCAGGCUGGGUCCAAGUGGUGCGCCGUCGCACACCACCUCCGGUCCCGAGGGCCAUCGGUGGCAGCGGCUGAGCGUUGUCCCACCUGUGACGACACGGGCCGAGUCGGCGGAGUACCGUGCUCCGGCGCGCAACGUCAGCCAGGAACCAUCCACUUGGUACCAGAUCACGAUUCCUUUUGGGAGGAAGUACGGCAAGGAGGGGCUUCUGCAGUUCCUGCAGCAGGGCUGCUGCACGCCCUUCACUCCGUUGCAGGUAUGAGCGCGAGAGAUUAAGCGAUGUGUUCAAGCUGGACUGCCUACAAUCCAUCCUGGGUUUAACUAUCCUGUGUUUAAACUAUUGGUCAAAUGUCCAACUGUGAUUUCCUAUUCUUCACCGUAUGUCCAGAUUAAUGAAAAGGCUUUGAUCUUGUAUUUGAAUAAUAAAGUGAUGGUGUCGAUUUGUCAGAUGUGGAGUGGAAGGGUAUUCCAAACGGUAGGGGCUGUGCAUGAGAAAUCUCGUCCAUCAAUGGGACCAUGCCCACCACUGAUGACAACACUGUGCCUCUCUGCAAUAUUGUGUCUGUGUGUGUGUCCUUCUCAGUUCCACUUUGAGGGAGACAUGGCAACAUUCUAUGUGGUGAACUACAUGGCUGCCUUGAACCUCAAGGCGCUGUCACGGAAAAUUGUCUUUCCCGACAACUAUAGGGUGAGUGCUUCGGGGAGGCAGGAGGUGAUAGGCCGACCGCUAUGAGAUGUAAAUGUUACAUCUGCUGUUUAUAGCUGGAGAUCACAGCAUAUCAAUAGAUUGUUUCAUGCAUCUGUCCAGAGCUUUGAGCGUACCUGACUUGAAUGCGUACGUGUUUUUCCCCCGGACAGUGCAGCUUCUGCCUCCAACCUCAAUGCUCAUUCAGGGAAUUUGCCGAACAAUCCUAAUACAGGAUUCUCGUGAACAACAGUCUUGAGGCUGAGCAAGACUCUCCUGGAUAAUGAGGGCAUCAUUAUUAUCCUCAUGUAGCCUUUCAUAGUGGCCCCAAGAGGUACUUGUUUUUUUCAUUGAAAUCCCCUGGGAUGGCUGGAAAAGACAGCCCAAGUGGACUGGAGGGCUAGGCCAAUAGGUGUGCAAUUAUGCAUAGGUUAAAUGCAUUUCAGCACACAUAAUGCAUGCGUUUAGUCACACGCGUAAGAAUCAUUUGAUUUCGGGUUGAAUAGCUCAUAUACCAUGUGUGACCACCCGCAGCUAUGAGAGAUUACAGCACUCGAAAUCAUAAAAAUAUCGUCAUAAAUCAUCAAACUCAUUGAGUUGUCGGUGGAAGCCGGGAUUCAUUUAAAAAAAUCAAUUUACUUUUUCAUGUAAUUUUCAUCAUUUCGUUUUUAUUGCUUCCCAUUAUUCCCGUCUCAUUUUUACCAUUUUCUUUGAUCCAUUUUCCAAAUUGCUGCCAUCUUGCUGCCAUCAUUCCCCCGAGGAACAAAAA